CUGAAGGCUGGAGAUUACCUCAUCAUUACUGCAGACUACGAAACCACUACAGAAAAGGUUGGAGUAAUUACAGGAAAAUUCACUCAGAUCUGGCGCAAAACUAACGAUACUUACUUGAUUAUUCAUGACGAGUUUGCAAUGAAUUAA